AUGGACCUCAGCCACACACUACGUCUAGGAUACGGGACGGACCUCAACCACACACAACGUCUAGGCUACGGAUAUGGGACGGACCUCAACCACACACUACGUCUAGGAUAUGGAUACGGGACGGACCUCAACCACACACUACGUCUAGGAUACGGGAUGGACCUCAGCCACACACUACGUCUAGGCUACGGAUACGGGACGGACCUCAACCACACACUACGUCUAGGCUACGGGACAGACCUCAACCACACACUACGUCUAGGCUACGGGACGGACCUCAACCACACACUACGUCUAGGAUAUGGAUACGGGACGGACCUCAACCACACACUACGUCUAGGCUACGGAUACGGGACGGACCUCAACCACACACUACGUCUAGGAUACGGAUGCAGGACGGACCUCAGCCACACACUAUGUCUAGGAUACGGGACGGACCUCAACCACACACUACGUCUAGGCUACGGAUACAGGACGGACCUCAACCACACACUACGUCUAGGCUACGGAUACAGGACGGACCUCAACCACACACUACGUCUAGGCCAUGGACCUCAACCACACACUACGUCUAGGCUACGGACCUCAACCACACACUACGUCUAG